AUGGCGCAAUCACGAAAGGCGACCGGCGAGCAGCGCAAAGCGCCAUUCAACAAAGUACACGUCUUCUGCAAUUCCUGUCAAGCGAACUUGGGCACGUUCAAGAACGAAUGGAUCAAACUGACGUCAGCGUACGCGCGACCCAGAGAGCGGGGAACCAACAAGGGCACGCGCAUCGGCGACAUCACCAGAGUGGUUCCUGAUGGCGUCGUGCACAAGAUGGCCGCGGGCUGCGAGAUGGCGGAACUGUUCUGUGUUGGCUGCGAUACCGUCGUCGGUCAGCACUGCAAGGAUGCGCCGGAGCGAAAACGUGAUGCGAUGAAGGGACAAUAUUUCUACAAGUUCUCAAAGGCACAUAUCAAGGAUGCGAAGACAAAGGCUGUUGUCGAGCCCGCCUUCCUCAACGACGAAGCGCCACCUACACCGAAGGCUCGCGCUAGGGCUGUCACUUCGACCAGCAUGUCGAGCCCGGCACCUCGAAGGGUCAUAAGCGCGCCCAUUGCUACUACGUCGCCUGCGAAGGACAGCAACACUCCCAGUGACCAGCAUGACGGCGGGAAUAGCAGUCCUCCCGUAGUACCCCCCGAUGACGAACAGAGCGGUCUUCUGAACAGGCUUCUCGAGCUCGAGCGACUUGUGAGGUCCGGGAGUAUCGCCACACCGGCUGUGCAGGCUCGCCCUGAGCCCACGCCAGUCCCACAGCCUACACAUGCUUACGCUCAGCCUCCACCCGCUCUUCCACAACACGAUCAAGUCAUUGAGGAUCAGAGAAGACAGAUCGACUCCAUGUCUGCGCAAUUGACAACACUGCGUGGCACAAUCGACGAUCUGAGAGGUGUCAUCCAAGAUCUUCGAGCCGAGAGAUCUCGGCAACAGUCACUCUCGCUACAAGAAAGUGCGAUGAUGAAGAAAUUUGACGAGAUGGUAAAGUCUGUUAGAAAUGGGCAGGUGCCGGACACGGAAGCAGAAACACUCCGCGCAGAAAAUCAGAAAUUGAAGGACAGGCUUUCGACCAUUGCGGGAGCCAUGAACGUGUCAUCAGAAGAAGAGCACCAGACUGAGCAAAGCACAAACCUCGGAAAGCGGAAACGUGAGGAAGGGAAUCAGUCAAGAGCUGGCUUCCGACCCAACGACAACUAUCGUCCAAACGAAGUGAACCAUGUGCCCAACGGCAACGACUAUUACCAUCCACUCACCCCAGAGUCAAUGCAAGAGAUGGCAGCCCGAGGACAGACGCCAGCAGCACGACCUGGUCCCCCAAAUCAGCCAUAUCCGCCGAACAAUUUGCACUACGUGCCUCCGCAUCUUCGAUACCAGCACAGCGAGCCUGAUAUGAGACAGUACGGCCCCCCUCAUCCAGCUAACAGUGGCUACCCACCACCAUACCCGCCACCUCCGCAUCCAUACACGUCAGGUAUGGACAGUCAUUAUCGCCCACCUAUGCCACCACCUCGACCAGACUCACGAAUGAUGGCACAUCCCCCACCACAGGGACCAGCACACCACCCCCCAGGUGACCGACCCAGCAGCUCGGGCCAUCCAGUGGAGUUCAAAGACGAUGAGAUCGCCACCGCCAAUGCCUCCCACGUGCCAAUGUCGGCACCACUUACCCGACCACCGCCGCAAUCAUCUGUGCCUCCACAUGGACCACCUCCCCCAAACGGCGCACCAUAUCCCAACGUGCCACCCAACGGAUUAUACGAUGCACAACAGCCUCCCCAUGCACAAUUUCAGACCCCGACCACCGCAACGAGAACCAAACCCGUCGCCAGGUCAAUGACGUGCAAUAGCCUUCGGCAGCCUGCCACAGGUUAUGGCCUCAACAAUGCCCUUCAUUUCACACCAGACCUAGUAAAGCAGCGGAUACCAAGACGCAAUCGCGGCAAGAAGUCUUCCUUGGGAAAUGAGGACACGUCCGCUAAGACCGAGACAGAGUCUGUGGUUGGGAUUGGUGAUGGUGUAGGGACCGCGAGCAGAGCUGGGACGGUACGACCUACUGGGCAGCCUUCAGAUGGAGACGACGACAUCCCGAUUGACCCUGCUCUUGUGCAAGCUAGGAACGGAGAGGCAGGCGGAAGUCAGGGUUCGAAACGAGGCGGCGCGCGGAACGGAAUAGUGGUCAAUGACUCUGAAGACGAAGACGCAGCGGGCGACGGGCUCUAUAAGCAGGAAGGCCACUAG